CGUCAUAUCCGGUGAAAAAAAUACUUCCGUGUUUUUAUUAUUAAUUUGUCAUGUUUUCAUGUUGUUUAAAUACUGUUUUGAUUUAGCAUUGUUGAAAAAAGAAGAGUAUAUAGAAUCGAAAAGUUUAUCACAAUGGCUUGCUGCCCGCGAGGCGAAACAUUUGUGAGCCCUACUCUCAAAUACGCUCUCUUUUUCUUCAAUUUUGUUCUCUGGCUAUGUGGUGGUAUUAUGAUAGGAAUUGGUGUAUGGGCAAACAUUGAGAAGAACAAAUACUACUACCAGUCUAUUGAGACCAUUUACGAUGUAUUGUUGGACCUGUCCAUUCUGCUCAUUAUUGUUGGUGCAGUGAUAUUUAUUGUUGGCUAUGCCGGCUGUGUUGGUGCUUUGAGAGAAAAUCUUCUCCUUCUCAGGAUUUUUUACAGUAUUAUCAUACUCAUAGUGCUGUUGGAGGUUACUAUAGCAGUGCUAGCUUUCGUGUUUAAAGACAAAAUGCGUAAUUGGAUCACAAAUGUUCUCAAGGAUGGAAUGAUUUUACGUUACCAAGACGAUGAGGAUGCUGUAAUGGACUGGUUCCAGGAAAAUAUUGAAUGUUGUGGUAUAAAUGGGUACAAAGACUGGAACAAAAACAUGUAUUUUAAUUGUACAAAAGAGAACCCGAGUGGUUUACGAUGUGGGGUGCCUUAUUCUUGCUGCAAAGAUCCUGAUGCUCUGAAUCCGGGGAUCCCCAAUAUUCUGUGUGGAGCUGGUGCCUUAAAUGAAUCUCAAGUUUUCACAGCCACAUCGAAGAUUUACACAAUAGGCUGUGUGGAUGCUCUCAUUAAUCUAGGGGAGGCAAAUCUUCCUAUAAUAGGUGGGAUCGUUCUUGGUCUCGGGAUACCACAAUUAUUAGGGAUAUGUCUCGGGCGGCUGCUUGACGGGCAAAUUCAGGACCAACGAGACAGAUUCAGACGUAACCACAGAUAGCCAUGGGAUGUCCUCAUUUCAGAACAAUGAAAUUGACUACAAAGUACAUAUGUAAAAAAAGUUAUUCAGGACAGGUGUUUAUUAGGCUUUGCAGAUUUUGUGUUCAUUAGGAAAAAUCUCAUAUUCAGUGGAAACCCCCCAAACCGGUUCUUCCUAAAACCAGAAUCCACCGAAAAUUGGACAUUUUUGCUGGUCCCAAAUUUUCCCCUUCAAAUUUUAUAAAAAUACUAUCUCCCUUAAACCUGAUCUUCCAGAUUCUGGAAACGGGAUGAAAAUUUAGCAGAAAUUUAGUCAUUUUGGACAUAUUUUCAUCUCCAAACACCGAACCUAAUUUCCAUGGCCUCAGGUCAAACUAAUUUCAGUGACAGUGUAUUGCAUGGAGUUUUCAGAACCGUGUCACUCAGCCUGUGUAUUGUGUACAUGUCGAGACGAUGCGGCUUUAGAAAUAUGCAAAUGUGAAAUUGCAAGUUAAUGAUGCGUUCGAUUAUGCCGAGCUGAUUAAUUUUACUGAAGGUUAUUACCCGCUUUGACUAUGAAAGAAUAGAUUUAUAAUUAUACCCCCACCAAACAUGUUUGAGGGGGGUAUAUAGGAGUCAGUUUUGUCACGUCUGUCGCGUCCCGUCCCGUCCCGUCCCGUCCCGAAAUCUAUUAUCUCAGUUAUUACCAAACGGAUUUGAUUCAAAAUUAAAAUACAUGUUCCACCUUAUCACCCACAUCAUGUGACACAAGGUGCAUAACUCUUGACACCAAGUUUUCAUGAAUUAUGUCCCCUUUUACUUAGAAUUUAAGGUUAAUUUUGUUGUAUUUUCACUAUAUCUCAGUUAUUACUAAAUGGAUUUGAUUCAAACUUAAAAUAGAUGUUCCCCCUCAUCACCCACAUCAUGUGACAUAAGGUGCAUAACUCUGACACCAUUUUUAUCAUGAAUUAUGCCCCUUUUUACUUAGAAUUUAAGGUUGAUUUUGAUGUAUUUUCACUAUAUCUCAGUUACUACUGAAUGGAUUUGAUUCAAACUUAAAAUAGAUGUUCCACCUCAUCACCCACAUCAUGUGCCCACAUCAUGUGACACAAGGUGCAUAACUCUUACACCAAGUUUUCAUGAAUUAUGUCCCCUUUUACUUAGAAUUUUAGGUUAAUUUUGUUGUAUUUUCACUAUAUCUCAGUUAUUACAAAAUGGAUUUGAUUCAAACUUAAAAUAGUUGUUCCACCUCAUCACCCAGAUGAUGUGACAUAAGGUGCUUAACUCUGACAUAAAUUUUUUAUGAAUUAUGUCCCCUUUUACUUUAAAUUUAAGGUUGAUUUUGAUGUAUUUUCACUAUAUCUCAAUUAUUACAAAAUGGAUUUGAUUCAAACUUAAAAUAGAUGUUCCACCUCAUCACCCACAUCAUGUGACACAAGGUGCAUAACUCUGACAUCAAUUUUUCAUGAAUUAUGCCCCUUUUAUUAGAAUUUAAGGUUAAUUUUGAUGUAUUUUCACUAUAUCUCAAUUACUACUGAAUGGAUUUGAUUCAGACUUAAAAUAGAUGUUCCACCUCAUCACCCACAUCAUGUGACACAAGGUGCAUAACUCUGACACUAUUUUUCUUGAAUUGUGUCCCCUUUUACCUAGAAUUUAAGGUUAAUUUUGAUGUAUUUUCACUAUAUCUCAUUCUGAUUGGCUUAGAGCCAAAGGGAAGUAACCUUUUUUUAACCUUUGUACUGAGUUUCUUCCCCUUAAAUUCCAGGAAUUAGUCUAUUUUUAGAAAUCCUAUUUUUAGAUUUUCAAUAUUUUAGGUAUUUUUCUAACUUUUUUAUUAUAAGUCCUAUGUAAAAAGUAAAUACAUUUUUCUGUGGUAACAUGGGUCGGUAAGACACUUUUUUGUAUUCACUUUUAGUGUAUCUCUAAUAUUAGAGAUUUAAUAUAUUUACUAGUAUUACUAUACUAGUAUUAUACUAGUAUUACUUAUAUGUGGAAGCCCAGGAUGAAGUACUCCAAAGUAUUUUUAAAAUUCCUUAUGGUUGCCAUUCUUCUGUGACAAGACCGUAUGGUGGGGGUAUGAGUCACUCCUGUGACAGUUCUAGUUGUAAUUUACCGAAUUAUUGGUUUAGUUUGACAGUUUUAAACACAAACAAUCAAAAUAAACAUGCAAAGUUGAUAAUUAAACAAAAAUUAUGCACAGCAAGACCUGGCGCAAUUACUCAAUAAGCUAUGAUUUGCUUUUUUCAAUUCAGCAUGUUCUUGUUGGCAAAUCAGUAAUAAAAGAAUGAUUAAAAGAGAUUAACCAAAUAAGUUUAUGUUCCCUUACAUAUACAAAAAAAACCCUGUCAUUGAUAUCGUAUCAAAAGAGGACACCUGUAUGAUACAGCAGAAAAGAUCAGCACCUAUAUAAAUAUCUCUUACAGUACAAGUCAGGAAUAUCUUCCCCAAACUGGAAUCCUCUGAAAACCGGAAUAUUUAGUCGGUCCCAAGCUUGUCGGGUCUAGGGGGUUUCCACUGUACAUAAAUAGUGUGUACUUCCCUUGAAUUCAUGAAUGGACAUAAGGUCAAAGGAAAUAUUUGAUUCCACUAACAGCUUUGCAUGAAUUGAGUAGAAAUGUAAGACUUUUUUAUGUAACCUAAGUUUGUCUGUAAUUCAUGUUAACAAUGGAUUACCUAUUUUACAUAUUUUGGCAGAUUUACACAGCAAGUUUGUAUAGCUAUUUUUAUGCCCCCGAAGGGAGGCAUAUAGUUUUUGAACCGUCUGUCUGUCUGUCAGUCUGUCGGUCUGUCUGCAAUUUUCGUGUCCGGUCCAUAUCUUUGUCAUCGAUGGAUGGAUUUUCAAAUAACUUGGCAUGAAUGUGAACCACAGUAAGACGACGUGCAGUGCGCAAGACCCAGGUCCGUAGCUCAAAGGUCAAGGUCACACUUAGACGUUAAAGGAUAGUGCAUUGAUGGGCGUGUCCGGUACAUAUCUUUGUCAUCGAUGGAUGGAUUUUCAAAUAACUUGGCAUGAAUGUGUACCACAGUAAGACGACAUGCAGUGCGCAAGACCCAGGUCCGUAGCUCAAAGGUCACACUUAGACGUUAAAGGAUAGUGCAUUGAUGGGCGUGUCCGGUCCAUAUCUUUGUCAUCGAUGGAUGGCUUUUCAAAUAACUUGGCAUGAAUGUGUACCACAGUAAGACGACGUGCAGUGCGCAAGACCCAGGUCCGUAGCUCAAAGGUCAAGGUCACACUUAGACGUUAAAGGAUAGUGCAUUGAUGGGCGUGUCCGGUCCAUAUCUUUGUCAUCGAUGGAUGGAUUUUCAAAUAACUUGGCAUGAAUGUGUACCACAGUAAGACGAGGUUUCACACGCAAGACCCAAGUCCGUAGCUCAAAGGUCAAGGUCACACUUAGACGUUAAAUAAUCAUUUUUCAUGAUAGUGCAUUGAUGGAUUUUAAAAUAACUAUGCAUGAAUGUGUGACACAGUAAGGCGAUGUGUCGCGCACAAGACCCAGCUCCGUAGGUCAAAGGUCCUAAACUCUAACAUCGGCCAUAACUAUUCAUUCAAAGUGCCAUCGGGGGCAUGUGUCAUCCUACGGAGACAGCUCUUGUUCUAUCUAUAGUAAAGUGAUAAGUCUAUUGUAAAUAUACUCACAUUUUGUCAAUCUGAACUUUUUUAAAAGAAUUGUCUUUUGCAAUAAAAAUUUUAAGGCCGAUAGUAAAAAGAUAGGCUGGUUGGGUUAAUGAAAAGAAGUAAUUUUUUAUUGGCUUAAUCAAUCACUUACCCUCAUUCUUACUGCAAUAUCCAGGAUAAACUUAUUUUAGUAGUUGUAGGGUCAGUUUAUCAGAAAAAAGAAGCUCAGAAACUUUUUUAAGAUAGAAGGAAUAAAGGGGAAUUAUCAUUUUAAAAAGAACCUGAUUCUAUUGAGUUUUUGAAUUUUAGAUUUUUUUUUCUGCUUUUGUGGCAAGAUGGUAAGAAUGUAACAUUUAUGUCGUUACUGAAUAAACUUACUGUAAAAAAUUCUGUCAGGUAAUCUUUUUGAACAUGUGAUUUUUAUGUCAAUAGAAAACAUAUUUUUUCAUAUAAAAGCUUUCAAUAGUUCAUUUAUGUUUUUCUGUAAAUUAUUUUUCUUCUUGCAGGUGGUCAUGAACAUUGGUAUUUCAGUAUGGGAAUGUCCUUAGACAUAAAAUUAAGGCCAGUUUAGUUAGGGAUAGAAAUGCUAUAUUUGGGUAUAAAUAUUCAUUUAUGUUAGUUUUCUUAGAAAUAGGAAGUAAUAGUUGUGCAUGUUUAAUGACCAUUUUCUAAGCUUUAUGUUUGUAAGGUGUCAAGGUUGCAUUAUUUAGUCUCCCCCAGGAGACAUAUUGUUUUUGCCCUGUCCGUCCAUCCGUCCGUCCGUCCGUACGUCACACUUCAUUUCCGAGCAAUAACUGGAGAACCAUUUGACCUAGAACCUUCAAACUUCAUAGGGUUGUAGGGCUGCUGGAGUAGACGACCCCUAUUGUUUUUGGGGUCACUCGUCAAAGGUCAAGGUCACAGGGGCCUGAACAUUGAAAACCAUUUCCGAUCAAUAACUAGCGAACCACUUGACCCAGAAUGUUGAAACUUCAUACGAUGAUUGGUCAUGAAGAGUAGAUGACCCCUAUUGAUUUUGGGGUCACUCCGUCAGAGGUCAAGGUCACAGGGUUCUAAACAUUGAAAACCAUUUCCGAUCAUUAACUAGAGAACCACUUGACCCAGAAUGUUGAAACUUCAUAGGAUGAUUGGUCAUGAAGAGUAGAUGACCCCUAUUGAUUUUGGGGUCACUCCGUCAAAGGUCAAGGUCACAGGGGCCUGAACAUUGAAAACCAUUUCCGAUCAGUAACUAGAGAACCACUUGACCCAGAAUGUUGAAACUUUAUAGGAUGAUUGGUCAUAAAGAGUAGAUGACCCCUCUUGAUUUUGGGGUCACUCCAUCAAAGGUCAAGGUCACAGGGGCCUGAACAUGGAAAACCAUAUCCGAUCAAUAACUAGAGAACCACUUGACCCAGAAUGUUGAAACUUCAUAGGAUGAUUGUACAUGCAAAGUAGAUGACCCCUAUCGAUUUUGGGGUCACUCCAUUAAAGGUCAAGGUCACAGGAGCCUGAACAUUGAAAACCAUUUCCGGUCAGUAACUUGAGAACCACUUGACCCAGAAUGUUGAAACUUAAUAGGAUGAUUGGUCAUGCAGAGUAGAUGACCCCUAAAGAUUUUGGGGUCACUCUGUGUAAGGUCAAGGUCACAGGGGCCUGAACAUUGAAAACCAUUUCCGGUCAGUAACUUGAGAACCACUUGACCCAGAAUGAUGAAACUUCAUAGGAUGAUUGGCCAUGCAGGGUAGAUGACCCCUAAUGAUUUUAGGGUCACUCUGUUAAAGGUCAAGGCCACAGGGGCCUGAACAUGGAAAACCAUUUCCAAUCAAUAACUUGAGAACCUCUCGAUCCAGAAUGUUGAAACUUCAUAGGAUGAUUGUUAAAGGUCAAGGUCACAGGGGCCUAAACAUUGAUAACCAGUUCCGAUCAAUAACUUGAGAACCACUUGACCCAAAAUGUUGAAACUUCAUAGGAUGAUUGAACAUGCAGAGUAGAUGACCUCUAUUGAUUUUGGGGUCAUUCUAUUAAAAGCCUAUUCAUGUAAAAUCAUUUUUUGGAAAUAACUUGAGAACCACUUGACCUACAAUGUUGAAACUUAAUAGGAUGAUUGGACAUGCAGAGUAGAUGACCCCUAUUUAUUUUGAGGUCACUUGAUCAAAGGUCAAGGUCACAGGAGCCUGAACAGUGACUUGAGAACCACUAGGCCAAGAGUGUCGAAAUUUAGCGGGAUGACUGGACAUGCCAAGUAGAUGAUCCCUAUUGCAGCCAACCAUUAGUGUCUCUUUGACUUUCGCUCCUGACCCCUAUUGACUUCUUGCUUAUAGCACUUUGCAUUGGGGGAGACAUGCGCUUUUUUACAAAAGCAUUUUCUAGUUGGUAAUUAGAUUAGAAUUGUCAAAAUAAGAGAAAUUACAAUAGGUUCGGGAAAGAAUUUUCAGCUUUUGUUUAUCAGUAUGGACCAGCUGGCCUUCAUAGCCGAGUGGCUUAGUUUGCUGACAUGAUCUAUAGGGUUUGAGCCCUACUUCAGUCAUCAUGGGAGGAAGCCAUUUAGCUAGUUUAUUGAUGGUUAGUGGUUCUACCCUGUACCUGAAAUAGAGCCAGAGGCAUCUGUGGCCUCCUCUGCAAAUAGAGCUCAGAAGUUGCCAUGUAACAAGAAUUCUGUUGAAUGUACCUUAAAGCCAAAUAAAAUCAAACAAAAAAAUAUUGUCAGCCUUAGAAGUGAACCGAUUUCAGUGGAUUUUGAGAGAUAUGUGGCAAAAAAAACAACACCUUCUAGUUUUAUGUUCUUGUAUAUGUUUUUUUUACAGCAAAUCAUGGCAAAGUCUUCCCCUUCUGUAAAUUAUACAUUAUGUUUCAGUCUGCAAGUUAAACUGUUAUUAAUACUACUUUGUGAAUAUUUUUUAUAUGUUUAUUUUUAGUAUUUUUUACAUGCCAGCUACUGAUAUUGAAGAUUCAAGCAUACCAUGCCUGUGUGAUAAAAUCACAUCGCUAGUCAUUUACAAAAAUUAGUUUUUAGUUUAUUCUUUACAUAGUACUUUAUUGAAAUUGCGCAAAAUAACGAGAUGCUACAUUAAAUACUUACAACAGUAUUUACACAGGCAGAACUUGCCAGGAAAAUAAAGUGACUGGAAAUUAUAAUUCCAGCAAAAUAUGCAUUUAACAGAUACUAAACACUUCUCUUGUCUCAUGUUUAAUUCCUAACAACUGUUGAAUGACUUUUAUGCAUUUUGUUUGUUAUCUUUUUUUAUACAUUGUUUUUGAGAUAAAAAUUUACACAAAAUAGUACUCUGUAGAUUGUAUAUACAGGGUAUGCACUGUUUACAUAUAGAUAUGAAAUUGCUGUUUAGAAUGAACGUAAUAUAAUACACCUUGUAUCAGUAUGUUUUUAAAUGCAUUUAGUUACCUAUCACAUAAAUUUUAGCUCGACUAUAACUUGCCAACAGUUUUUGCGUUCAAAACUUGGCUUAAGUUUUAAUGCACUUUCACUUUAUCUUUGUUAUAAAUUGAUAAAAAUGUUAUUCCAUUCUCUUGCCAGUUCAGAAACUUUAAAUAUGAAAUGUUAUGUUUCAUCUGCUGGGGUAUUAAUCACUCCAGUGAUAGCUGUAGUUUCCUUUAAUGCCCCAUUUCACUAUCAAGCAUUGAAAUAGUCAAGUGUACUGCCUCCUUUAAGUUUUUUUUAAUAUAUAUGAGCUGUGCAAUUCAAACUGUAUUUUAUGACUUGGUCUUGUUCUUGCCUCUUUCAUUGGAGUUUGAUUUAUUUUAUGCCACAAACACUGACUUGUGUGGAAAUUUCUCUUUAGCGUUCAAGCUAUCCAGUUAUAAGUGGACUGUAUUUAAAUAAACCAGAGUUUUACAUGUUCUUAGGCUUAUUGUGUAUAUGAGUUUUGCAUUUUAUGAUUUAUUUCUGCAAAUUAUGUUUUAAGUCUUUUAAAACUUGAAUUGAUAAAUGCAGAGUUGUAAGGUAUCGAACAAAUGAUAUAUUUUACAUUAUUUAUCUCUGCUUUGAAGCUUUUUAGACUCUGUAAAGGAGUUUUGGAUAGGGAACAAUUCGACUGUUAAUACACAGUUAUGUCGUUAACUAUGUUUGUUAUUUUAAGUAUUUUGAGUGUGUUAGUUAAUCUUCCGCCUUUGUGACCAGUGACAUCCAUGCAGGCCAGUCAUGGUCUGCUCUGUUCGCUAUUCGGUCAGAAAAUUUUUCAGUGAACACCCCUUUGUGUCAGUUUGGACAGUACCAUUAACUGUUAAAAGGGGUGCUUACCAAAAACAUACAGACUUAAUGGCAAACAGUGCAGAUCUUGAUCAGACUGCAUGGAUAUGCAGGCUGAUCAUGAUCUACACUGGUUGCAAAGGCACAAUCAAUAUUGUCCAGCAUGAUAAGGGUUAAGUUUUCUAAAACCAUUGGUCAAAAGAAUGUACAAACAUUUAUUGAUUCUUCUGUAGUAUAAAUAUAAUGCUUGGGUUAUGAGCUAAAUUUUAUGUAGAGAUUCUUCAAAUUAGUUUAUGAGGUGCCAAUGGCUCAGAUGAGCAAGUGAGGUGCCAACAAACACAGUGCCAUAUUGUUAAAAAAAUGUUUUAUUCAGCAAAGAUUGAAUUAGCUAUAAGGUCUGGAUAAUGCCUGUAAUAUUUUCUAAGGUUUUAUAUUUUGCUAUCUUUCACAAAAAAAAGCAACACUCAGAUUCAAAACACUUUUGACUGUUAAUUAUACACUUAUGAAAUGCAGUGGUGUGCAUUAGGCAGUUAUUGGUUUGACUAAAUCUUAUUUGGCACGAGGGCCUGUAGUAGUCCGAGUGCUAUUUAGGUUUAGAGAGUGCUGAAGACAUGUCAUUGAGGUUUAGUGAGUUCUUUAUCAUAUACAUGUACACAAAUGUCACUCCUGGGUAUUGCAUUCGCUUCCAGUUGUUUGCAUGGCUUACAUGAUCAUGCUCUGUACAAUUUAUUACUAUUUGUAGUAAAGUUUAUUAUUAGCAGCAUUAUCUGAUACUGUAUGACCAAUUCUUAGCAUGACCAAUUCUUAGCACAAUUACUUUAAAAAUGUAGCAAAAAUUAUCCAAUCUGUUGGUAAUGACUUUGCUGCCAGAACAUAAUCUUCUAGUCUGUUUUACUUCUAUUGGACACUUACAAGUGUAUUAUCAAGGGGAACUUGCGAUUUUUAAAAUUGUAUUGCAAUUGUCUAUGACUAUGAAGAGCACUCAAGUGCGUAUCUAUUACAUUGUUUGUUAGGGGACACUUAUUUCUUGCCUACCUCCCGGAGAAGAGACAAGAUUAUCAUGGUAGGAGAUCAUCUUGUCUUUUCCCUAGGGAAAAGAUAGCUACAUGUGCACAUAUUGAGGUCAUAAUUUGACAUCAUAGUAUAUGAGCGAUCUUUAAUUUACAAUAUUUUUGAAAUUGUUUCAAUAAUAUCAACAGUAUCUAACAUGACUGUUUGAGUAAGGCAGGGGUUUUCCCAACCCUUGGUACAGCAUGGAUAAAAAACCCGAUAGCACUCGGUUUUCCAGUCCAAGCUGCCCCUUUGAUUUUGGAAAACCCUGUCUUACAUAGUCAGUCAUAUAAGAUCCUCAUAUCCUAGGCAAUAGUCUUUUUUGUACUUGAUACAAAUAAUUAUUUGAAAAAUGAUGAAAUUCUGCUAACAACAAUUCUUUUUUGUGCGUAUUGCUUAAUUUCACAUUCCAUAAUUGUAUGAUUUUACUAGACUUUUUUUCUGAUCACUUUUUAAAUUUUUGUUUGUGUAUUUAUGUCACUUUUCUACAUGUAAAUGUAAAGUAGGUUAUGUAAAUAUUGAUACAUGUAUCAUCAUUUGUAUGUAUUUUAAAAAAUAAGAAGGCUGUAAGAAUGAGUUUGCUGAAAUAUAUAAGUAUUUUUCAUAAAUACCUGAUAAUAAUAAUCACACUUUUUUGUAGUAGCAUAUGAUGAAUAAUUAGAUAGUGCAACAAGAAAUACUUUGCUUUUUCAAUUUAUGUUAGAUUUAGUGAGUUGUAAGUAUGAAACAAUGUGCCAAUACAAGUUGAAAUUAAUUAAGAAAUGGGUAAAUAUUAUUUAUUGAGAUUAAAACUACUUUAGAUAGUUUUCAUUUAAUUACUUAAUGGUUGUUAUGUCUCCCUUCAAGGAAGUGUGGGUAUAUAGUUUUGUCCAUCCGUCCGUCAGUAGAUCAUUUAAAUUUUGGUCUCUGAUAGACCAUUCUGAUCAAUAACUAGAGGACAGUUUGACAAACAGUUGUCAAAGUUCAUAGGAGGAUUGCAUGUGAUCAGUAGAUAAGCCACAUUGUUUUUUUUGUGUUAGUGGGUCAAAGGUCAAGGUCACAGUGACCAUGAAAUUGAAAACAGUGUCUGUUCAAUAACUAUAUAAAGUUUUGGCCUACAGUUGAUUAUCGCCAGUUAUCAGUAGAUGAUCCAUAUUGUUUGAUGUGUCAAAAGUCACAACAAUUUAAAACAGUUUCCAAUCAAUAAUUGAAAAAUGUUUUGCCUUUAUACUGUCACACUUCAUAGGACGACUGCCUGUGGUCAGUAGAUGGCCCUGAUAGUAUUUGUCCCAGUUGGUGAAAUAUAAUGGAUGCGGUGACCUUGAGACUUAAAACGGUUUCCAAUCAGAAACUGGUGAGAGCUUUGGCCUAGUGGUCAAACUUUAUAGGACAAUUGUAUGUAGUCACUAGAGGAACCUUAUUGUUGAAGGAGUCAGAAGGUCAAAGGUCAAAGUUACAAUGACCUCAAGAAUGAAAAUGGUUUUUUGACCAGUAUUUGGAGAAUUCUGAUUUUUAUCCAUGGUCACUUAAUUAUCACUAACAUUUGAUGGUCAUAAGGUCAAAGGUCACUGUGGCCUUGAAAUUAAGACAUUCUUAAUCGAUAGCUUGAAAAUUCUUUGUUCUAUGGCAACAUACUUAAUAGCAUUGUUAUCUUUGCAUAGUAGAUGACCCCUGUUGUUUUAGAGGGCCAGGAGGUUGAAGGUCACAGUAACAUAAAGAAAUAAAGUGAUUUUUGACAACAAACUUCUUAGCAUGAUUGUUUAUGGUCAGUAGAUGAUGUUUGUCAAGGUCAUAACCAUAAAGUUAUAAACCCAUGUACCUCCCAUAAGGCAACUUGGGGCAGAGGGGGCAUGUUUGUUUUACAAACUGGCCUUAUUUAUCAUUUCAGUUGUAGUUUUAAGUUGUUUUGAGUAGAAUGAAGAGAGGAAGAAAAUCUCAUAACAAUUUUUGUUUUACCUGGUGCAUUUAUUGCUGUCUCAAUGCCACUUUUGUCACUAAUGUUUUAACUUUAUCACAAUCAGAUGCAGCAUUUAGCAGUAGGGGAGGUAACUUCAGUCCAGGAAAUCAGUCUACAGGUUUUUCCCCACUUACAGAAUCAGAGUUGUCGAAAUUUAGAAGAUGUAAUUUAUUUUACAAUACCAUGUAUAUUCCUAUCCCUAUGGAACCGGGCCUUUUGAAUGAAAUGUGUCAAAAUGAUUAUAUUACUUUUGGAAUUGGAAACCAGUUAUUAUAUUUGAGAAACAGCCUUCCUGUUAAAUAGGGAAAAGGCUGUAGCCAGAUUUACCAAACUGAAGUUUGCCUUACUGUAAAGUACUUUUUGGAGAUAUUCAGGUUUAUACAUAACUGAAGUUUCUAUAGGUUUUCUUUUUUUAAUUUUACACAAUAACAUUUACUUUUAAAAUAUGUGUAUGAUUUUGAAGACGAGAUGAUUUUGCGAUAAUUUGAAUGCAAACUGCCUUUACUGUCAAAAUCAUUUGAUUUUUUUUUGUAUGCAGCUUUUCAAGUGACUGUUGAUGGUGAAGGGUUUUGUAAAAAUGAAAAUAGGAAAUUAUCUAAUUUGAAGAUACACUGUUUGUUCUAAGGAUGCUGUAAAUAUUUGCAUUAUGUAGAUGGUAAAAAAUCAAAUUUGUGCAACACCAUUACUUAAAGGAAGUUCAGAAAUGCAGCAGGGUCUGUAAAUAUGUUCUUUACACCGAUACGUCAUUGAUUUUAUCUCGAAUAACACAAGUAAUGGCUCAGGUAGCUUCAUAUUUGGAAACAGUUGGAUGAAAAAACCCUGACUUUUCUUAAAUCUUGACUUUAUUAUUUGACCUUGUCUUAACAACUUAUGACCUUAAUUAUUAUAGAACUUGCUUAAUAUCAUAUGACCUUGACUUUACACAUCAUGACAUUGACUUUACACAUUAUGACCUCAGAUUUACAUCUCAAGUCUUUGAUAUGCAUUGUAUGACUGCCUCAAUUUAUUACCAAGACUUUAUACAUUAUGAACUUUUUUUAUGACUUCAUUUUUUAUGACUUGAGACUUACAUCCAAACGACCGACUUAAGGUAUUAGAUCACUAAUAGUAAUGUUUACAAAAUGGCCUUUGCUUGGUAUAUUCUGAAAGGUAACUGUGUUUUGCACUGUUUUGCAAUUUUUAAACAACUUUUACCGUGUCGUUUUUUAUAAAUUUUGUAUAACUUAUGGUAUCUGCUCAAGCUCAAGUAGAGACAAAUUUCAAAGUGAUAGCCACUAUCCAAAACGUUUGCAGAUAACUCAUUUUACCAUUAAUUUUAAUAAAAGAAACAUCAACCUUUGGUAAACAAUUAUAAAACACAAAAUAAAAAUGUCAAUAUCAUUUUUUCUAUGGUGCCUCAAGUAAACGGAUUUAAUGAGACAGAAUUCAUACUUCAACAUUGAAAAAAUAAAGUUGAAUGCUGUGUUUCUGUUUUGAAUUUUGCUUAUUCCAUUUAAAAAUAACCUAAGGGCAGACGUAAAACCUACCUAAAUUUCUUCCACAAUAUAUAAUCUAAGAGUGAAAGCAAAAUACAGAACUUUCACCGCGUGUAACUCAAUAUUUUUAAAGAUGUGUAACUCUACCCCUUCUGUUUAAGUGGUAAAUUCACUUUGAAUACCAAGAAAUCACUUACAAGAUUCAUCUUUUUCCAUUAUUGUACAAGAAUUCAAUAAUAAGUCUUGAAAGAAGUAAAAACUUACUAGAAAAAAAGAAAAAUAAGGGAAAAAAAUUUGGUCCCAGUAGGGCUUGAACCUUCACCCCCCUAAGAAUUGCAGUACAGGUAGGUUUAUUGUAGGAAUUGAAUACUCUUCAAAAAGGAGGUUCUCUAUUAGUGAUCUAAUACCUUAAUAUAGUAUUAUCUUUACUUCAUACAUGGCAUUUUAUGAUUGUGACUUACAUCUUAUGACUGACAAUAUAUUAUCGCCUUGACUUUUCAAGGUUUGAAUGUGAUUUACAUCAUAAUGACCUUGACUUUUGAUUUACAGUAUAUUACCUUGACAUUACAUGAUUGACCUGACAUUGUAUAAUUGACCUAGAUGAUAUAAUAUCACAGACUUUAAAUGUUGUGUCAUUGAUUUACACAACAUGACCUUGACAUUACAUGUUGACCUCAACUGUUAGAGGGCUUCCUCUGAUUUCGUAACCAUUAUAAAGUCAAGAUAAUAACAGUUACUGUUCAUAGAACAAGUGUACAGCAACAAAGUCAGAAUUUUAAUGAAUAAGUAAAGUCUAGAUAUAAAAUUUAAGUAGAAAACAAUCAAAUUUUUGCUGGUCUUACAAGGCACUCCCUUUUGAAAAUAUUUUCAAAAUUAUUUAGCAGUUUAUGGCAUUAUUUUAAACUGUGAUUAUACCUAUAACAAAGCCCGAGCUUCAUGGAUCAUUUAUUUUACGAAAUUUUCCAAUUUUACUGUAUACUGUUCUACAUUGUUGUUGUAAUCUGUUUAAAAAUUGAAAUACAAAUAAUUUCUGCUACCUGGAAACUGUCAAAUGAUCAAAAUAUAUUUACUUAAAAGUUUAUUAGGCUUUUUUCAGUGAGUGGAUUUUUUCCAUGACACAAGACUUUAUUUCAUGUACAUUUCUGUUAAUUGUAUAUGUAUAUUCAUUUGUAAAUUCAUACACAUGGGAAUAAGACAUCUUGAUAAAAGUUAGAUAUAGAUAGUAUUGUUAAGAUUAUUUAUAUUUCUGAAUAAAGAAUAUAAGAUAUAUAUAUAUAUAUAUAUAUGUGUA